AUGUCUAGAGAAGAGAUCUAUGUUGCUAUCAAAAUCUGUGUGGCAGAAAGAGACGGCGAGAUGCGAGAGCUUCAAAUGACGAAGGCUCUGUCAUCUUGUCACCCACGCUUACAAUAUACGGCUCACAUUAUUGAUUCUUUCAAUACGAAAGGCCCCAAUGGAGAUCACAAAUGCCUUGUCUAUGAACUUCUUGGGCCCAACAUCCCCGAUGCGAUUGGUACACAUUUUCCUAGCGGGAGACUCCCUGGGAGGCUCGCUAAAAUCAUAGCGAGACAGGCUCUGAUAGGACUUGAUCACUUAUACCAACGAGGCGUCGGACAUGGAGGUGGUUAUCCUUACAUCCUGAGAAUACAUCUGCAUACACGCAACUUGGCCUUCACAAUGCCUCACGUGGAUACUUUAUCCGAGAGGUGCUUCGUUGAUAUGCUCGGAGCCCCCGAAGUCGGCAAGGUCCGAAGACGUGACGGGAAACCGGUAGGACCUAGUUUACCUGAAUAUAUUGUUCGGGCUGCUUCCUAUCAGGGUUGGACACCAACCCAGGCGGUCAAGAUCAUCGAUUUAGGGGAAUCGUUCUUGAAUACUAAGGCACCAAAAACACUACACACACCUUUACCCCUUCGAGCGCCUGAGGUUAUAUUCCAAUAUCGGGUCGAUUACCGAGUCGACCUGUGGAGUUUGGGCUGUAUGCUCUUCGAACUUUUUACCGGCCAGCCACCUUUUGAUACAUUCAUGACAACGCCCACUGUCCUUGUGAGACAAAUGCAAGACACAGCAAGCGACUUUUUACCUGUAAAAUGGCAAAAUAGUUGGGCCGCAAUGAAAGAAAAAGACAACAACCCCCGAGAAACCCCUGGGCCUGACUUACAGGAGUGGUUGGAAGACGUAUACUCUGGUGCACAAAAACAGGAUUUGACCCGCGAGGAUAUAACUAGGCUGGGGAUGUUGAUUGGGAAGCUUUUACACUUUGAGCCGUGUGCACGAGCAUCCGCGCGAGAAAUUUUAGAUGACCCUUGGUUUCAUGAGUAA